CACACUCUCGAAGAUUGGCCCUCAGCAUGAGGCUGCUCGCUCUUCUGCUGUUAUCAGCGGUUUCCCCUUUCUGCGAGGGAAAGUGGUCUUUGAGCGCCAUUCGGCCGGUGAGAAGGGAAUCUCGGCCGAAGGAAAAGAAUUCCCACCGUGACAACUAUGACGUGUACUAUUACAGACCCGAAACGAUAGCUCAUCCGCACCCUCCACCUCCUCCUUAUGGCUAUGGGCCCCACCAUCAUAUACCUCCACCUUAUCCCUCCCAUUGCCAGUGCAAGCCUGGACCUCCGGGUGCUCCCGGACCACCGGGCAUACCUGGAUUGCCAGGUGAAGAGGGUCCUGCAGGUGAGAAAGGUGAUCGUGGCGAUCGGGGAGAAAAGGGAGAACGGGGUAAGAGGGGCAGGCCAGGAUAUGCUGGAUUCCCUGGUCCCAUUGGACCACCAGGUUUGCCGGGUCCGCCAGGCCCCCCAGGGAAGGGUUCAGGUCAUCGACAAGGGCCAACAAUUGUUUAUUUACCGGCAAAGGAAUCGCCAAAGGGCACUUCAACCAAUGAGAGCCCGCCAUCAAAACCCGAUAUCAGGCAACCCAUUAAAGAAACAAAUAAACUCAAGGAACCGCAGCCCUCCAGGGCACAUUUCGAUAAGGUAAAAGUUAAAGUUGCCAAGCCACAGCUGACCCAGAACCAUAAGAAUCCAAGUCGUAGAAAACCAACGGCUUCCUCACUUUCCAAUCGCCAGAGAAUCCAUCAAAGCCACAAGAUAAGCCCGAAUCAUAAGAACAGAAAAACAGUGGUUAGGCCAAUGUCUAGUUCUCAAAAUCAUAAAACCAAUGGUUUAAUUCUUCAGCAAACAACUAAACGAAAGGUAAUUAAAACUACAAGUACCACUAAUCAAACUAAUCCGAGCAAUCCGAAUCGCCGACCAUCUCUAAGCACAAACAAGGUAACUAAACUUAAAGAAGAGAUUAUAUAUAACUUUACGACUCUAGAGCCACUUUCAAGUACUGAUAACCCGAUGGCCAAUCGAACCGAUUAUGUUCAAUCAACGGAAGCUAUAUUAUCAGCCAGUGAGAAUAUUUCUGAUAGUCUGAUAGAAGAAUCUAUAAGCACCACAACCGAAGAACCAAUAACUUCCUACCCGGAAACGACCACAAUUAAUACCAGUCUCCAACACGAAGAUAACAUAUCCGCUUCUAAUAUCCCCUCGGCUUCAUUGGGUAUCCCCGUGUCUAUAAUUCUAUGA